AUGGCAACAACAACGGAAACUCUGCCUUCUGACACGGUAGUGACGCCCUCCACGUCAAAACCAGCCCUUUCGUCAACAUCGUGGUUGUCGAGAGUCCACCCCUACUUCAAGGAUCCUGAGCACGUCCUAGUCCUCAAACUGGACAUUCUCCUGCUAUCUUGGGCCUUCGUCGCCGGUCUUAUGAAAGACAUGGACCAGUCCGCCACAACAGCUGCCUACGUGUCCGGCAUGCAAGAGUCCCUCUCACUCUACGGCAAUGAGCUGGUCGAGUUCACGACCUACUUCUCCAUCGGCUACGCCCUCUUCAUCGUCCCAUCCCAGCUCAUCCAAACCCGCGUGCGCCCAUCGCUCUGGCUGCCUUUUUGCGAGGUAGUCUGGGGUGCCAUUACGCUUGCGACUUUUGCCGCCCGCAACGCAAAAACGGUCUAUGGCCUAAGAUUUGCUUUGGGCGUUUUCGAAGCUACGUCUUGGCCGGGCAUCGUCAACCUAAUCUUCAGUUGGUACACCCCCUCGGAACUUGGCAAGCGUCUCGCCAUCUUCGGUGUGAGCAGCGUCGCUGGGAGCAUGUUCCUGGGUAUCCUACAGGCCGCACUGUACAAGAACCUCAACGGAGUACAUGGUCUUGAAGGAUGGCAGUGGCUUUUCGUCGUGUCGGGUAUCAUGACGAUCGUGUGGGGCCUCUACGGGUUCCUCGUCAUCCCUGAUGCGCCAACGACUACCAGAGCCCUGUGGCUUACCAAAGAAGAGCGCGUUCUGGCGGCCUCUCGGAUGGCCGAAUCAGGCACAACGACGCAAGAGAUCAUCAAAGGCAGGGCUCUCUGGAACAAGGUCAAAAAGCUCCUCACCUCGCCAGUGGCGUACCUAUUCCUCGCCGCCUAUCUCCAAUUUGCGUGGUCGCAACGCGCGAACUCCUACUUCCUGCUGUAUCUGAAGGGUCUCAAAGACGGGGAGGGCAACGCGCUGUAUUCUGUGUAUACCGUCAACCUGAUACCACUAGGUGGCUACGCCAUCUCCAUUGUGUCGAACAUCUCACUCAACGCGCUGAGCGACUGGAAGAACUGGCGUUGGCAGGUUGGCGUCGGAGCCGCACUCCUACAGCUUGUUGCCACCUCAGUAUUGGCAGCAUGGCCGGGCGGCCGCGGCACGAUCAUGACAUUCUAUUUCCUGACGUUUGCGACGGCGGCGUGGGGAUAUGCCUUACUCGCGUGGCUGGCUAUGAUCCUGCGCAAAGAGCCGGAGGCGCGGUCUGUGAUUGUUGGUGUCGCUGUGACGUUGGUGUACGUCGGCCAUGCGACGAUUCCGCUCCGAGCAUGGCGGACCGCGGACUCUCCGCGAUAUCCGAUUGGAUUCCCGCUGGCUGCAGCAUUUAGUGUGGGUAGCAUUGCGGCGAUGAUGGGAAUGUACUGGUAUGUGAAGAGGUAUCCUGACAUUCUCGACUUUGGUCUCAACUGGAGAGCCAUCAAGGAGGCUGGGGAUAGCGUUGCCACUCUGGACAAGGUUGAGGUUGAUGGCGAGGGGGACGAACAAGGCAAAGGCGAAGAAUACAUCAAAGUAAGCAAGAGAAGCUCGUCUUGA